GGCGCCGCGGCCGUGUCGCUGAGGGCGGACCGCGUCGGGCGCGCUGGGCUGUGCGGCCGUCGCUGCCUGGCACGCGGGGCGCGCCUUGACCCUUCCUGCACUGCAGGCUUCCGACGCGCGCGAAGACCGCGGCUGCGCGGGCGUGAGCUCGCUCCGACCCGACCUGGCUCUGCCUUGAUGAACGGCGGCUCGCGAAGAAGCGUCUCCCCCGGAGUGGGCCGAGGGCUGUGUGGACCUCCGGCCUCUCUGCACCGAGCUGCGGUUCCUAUUGAAAUAAGCAUUCUGACAAACUGCUGAAGAGAGCCUUGAUAGACUAGGUCCAGUUGCCUAGAGAUGCCACAGCUCACAGUGGGGUGGGCCCUGCCACAUCAAUCAUCCAUCAAUCAAGAAAAUGUCCCACAGGCUUGCCUACAGGCCAGUCUGAUUGAAGCAUUUUCUCAGUUGAGGAUAUUUUAAAGAACUGUUGAAGACGAAGGUUUUUAUUUUUGUACGUUUUUUUAAUGGCUUUACACAAUAUUAAAUAGAAUACACUUUGACAUGACGACAAAAAAUAUCUAAACAGUAUGUGGAAGGAAAUGGGAUGUAAGUGUGAGGCCUGGGCCAGGAGCCUCUCCUAUUAAUUCUCGUACCAGAAUUACACAGGAUACAGGAUGGACCCUUUUGCAAAGGGAGUGAGAUAAGGUUGGUUUGACAUCCACAAAUGCAGAACUGAGGGGCUUUAUAGAUCAGAAUUUCAGUCCAACAAAAGGUCAGAAAGUGUCCGAUGUCCCGGAACUGGAUUACAGAUAGCUGUAAGCCACCUUGUGAAUGUGGGAAUUGAACCUGGAUCCUCCACAAGAGCAGUAAAUAAAUACCUACAAGUGGAAUUGCUGGGACAUAUGGUAACAUUUCACUUGUGGCCUUUCCAGUUUCAAGCACCAACUCACCAACAAAGAUUUUACCGAAAACCUUAGGGCCAGUAAAUGUGAAUGUUGGACCCCAAAUGGAAGUCUUUAAGGUAAUAUAAGCAUGGCGUUUCCUCUGGUCAGUUGAAGACUGUCAAUCAUAUGCAGAUACCAAGUUAAAGAUAACAAUUUACUGUCUCUCUGGCUCUAAGGAGAUGGCAGUGUUGAGGGAAGUUGUGAGUCCUGGUGCCCAGAAGUCAAGCUUAGCACAGUUUAUAUCUUCCACAUUGCCUCUGGCUUUACGGAUCUGUCACCAUGAAGAUUAUAAGCACACCACAGAGAAUUACCAAUUCAGGAAGUGUUCUGAUUGGGAGUCCAUAUACCCCUGCACCAGCAAUGGUCACUCAGACUCACAUCGCUGAGGCUGCUGGCUGGGUUCCCAGUGAUAGAAAACGAGCUAGAGAAUUUAUAGACUCCGAUUUUUCAGAAAGUAAACGAAGCAAAAAAGGGGACAAAAAUGGGAAAGGCUUGAGACAUUUUUCAAUGAAGGUGUGUGAGAAAGUUCAACGGAAAGGCACAACAUCAUACAAUGAAGUAGCUGAUGAACUGGUGUCUGAGUUUACCAAUGCGAGUAACCAUCUGGCAGCUGACUCGCAGGCUUAUGAUCAGAAGAACAUUAGACGAAGAGUUUAUGAUGCUCUGAAUGUACUAAUGGCAAUGAACAUAAUUUCAAAGGAGAAAAAAGAAAUCAAGUGGAUUGGGCUGCCUACCAACUCCGCCCAGGAGUGCCAGAACCUGGAAAUAGAGAAGCAAAGGCGGAUAGAACGGAUAAAGCAGAAGCGGGCCCAGCUACAAGAACUUCUCCUUCAGCAAAUUGCUUUUAAAAACCUGGUACAGAGAAAUCGACAAAAUGAACAACAAAACCAGGGCCCUCCAGCUGUGAAUUCCACCAUUCAGCUGCCAUUUAUAGUCAUUAAUACAAGCAGGAAAACAGUCAUAGACUGCAGCAUCUCCAGUGACAAGUUUGAAUACCUCUUUAAUUUUGAUAACACCUUUGAGAUCCAUGAUGACAUAGAGGUACUGAAGCGGAUGGGAAUGUCCUUUGGUCUGGAGUCAGGCAAAUGCUCUCUGGAGGAUCUGAAAAUCGCAAAAUCCCUGGUUCCAAAAGCUUUAGAAGGCUAUAUCACAGACGUCUCUACAGGACCUUCUUGGUUAAAUCAGGGACUACUUUUGAACUCUACCCAAUCAGUUUCAAAUUUAGACCCGACCACCGGUGCCACUGUACCCCAAUCAAGUGUUAACCAAGGGUUGUGCUUGGAUGCUGAAGUGGCCUUAGCAACUGGGCAGUUCCUUGCCCCAAACAGUCACCAGUCCAGCACUGCAGCCUCUCACUUGUUGGAGUCCCGAGGCGAGACCCCCUGUUCAUUCAACGAUGAAGAUGAGGAAGAUGAAGAGGAGGACCCCUCCUCCCCUGAAUAAAGACAGGAGAGAACUCAUGUUUAAUA